AUGAAUGGAGCAGUUGAAGCUGUAAACAAGAAUAUCAAGAAGCUUUUAAGGAAGAUAGUGGAUAGUCAGAGACAAUGGCAUGAGAAGUUACCAUAUGGUCUGCUCAGUCAUCGUACCACAAUCAGAACUUCUACUGGGGAAACUCCUUAUAUGAUUAUUCAAGAGGUUGGUUUAGAUGAUACAGAAUGGAUUCGCAGCAGGAUUGAACAGUUAAUGCUCAUUGAUGAGAAAAGAAUGGAAGCAGUUUGUUAUGGUCAACUAUAUCAGAACAGAAUAGCUAAAGCAUUCAACAAGAAAUUCAAACCCCGACAGUUCACACCGGGAAAAUUAAUAUUGAAGAAGAUAUUUCCUCAGCAAGGAGAAGCUAAAGGGAAAUUUGCACCAAACUGGCAAAGCCCUUACGUGGUUCAUAAAGUACUAUCUAGAGAAGCGAUAAUCUUGGCAGAAAUGGACGGCACAGUGAGCACGAAGCCAAUCAAUUUAGACUCCAUCAAAAAGUACGCUCAAGAUCUGGAUCAGAAUACUGAAGACAAAGGGGCCCCAUAG